AGUGACAGGAGGCCUAGCUGUUCUCCCGGUCUACAGCCAAUGGCACCACCAACGCUCUUUUCGCCCGGGGACGAACACUCUCAGAGCUCCAAUGUCCUCCUUCUCGAGCCUUUGACACCUUCAUCGUUCUCCCCUUUUGGAACCGCCAUAUCACCUCCCUUCUCGAGCUCGCUGAACAGUGUCCCGACGAGCAUCCCCAAGCCACUGCACUCACAGCAUCAGCCCACUGCGGUCUUCGCGAACCAGAACUCCGCAUUGAAAACCUCGCCGAUAUCAAAAUUCACCAACAAGUAUCCCUCCAACUCCUCAUACCCGGCUUCAAACCCUCGGAUGAGCAUGUUCUCAUGCUUCCCUCGCAACAUCAGUGGUGUUGGCAUCGACAAUUCCAGACCUGGAAAAGUGGCCUUCGAAGUGUCCAUCCUCGAACGACACCCUUAUACAACGCAAACAUUCAGCCCCCUGGGUCUUUCUGCAGAGGACAAGUCGACAGUAUUUCUCGUCAUCGUUGCACCGUCACUCCCUUCCCCUGCCACAGCAAGAACCUCCUCUGGAGAGACAGUCCGGAUCGCCAAUCCGCCAGACUUGUCUCGUAUGAAAGCGUUUGUGGCACGAGGUGACCAGGCUGUCACCUACGGGCCAGGCACCUGGCACGCCCCAAUGGCCGUCGUCGGACAACGCAGGGUGGAUUUUGUGGUGAGUCAAUUCGCCAAUGGGAUCCCCGAUGAUGAUUGCCAGGAGGUCCUGUUAGGAGAAAACGCCGUCAUUGUAGACUUGGAUACUCUCAAUCUGGACUUGGGUCCACAUCGGAGUAGAUCAAAGCUGUGAAGCUUCGAAUGGAGCAUCCUCUGCCCAAGUCUCCAGCUUACACUUUGGAGCUGACCUGUAUGGGCGCUACAUCCAAACGGCUUUGCUGGUCUUUAUUGGACUACGCUACCUUCAACAGGACUUAUCGUGGUGGUGACUCUCCCUACCGCAUUGCUCCACACCGGCGGCGCCGGCGCGGCUGACCCAGCGGCUGCCCGCACCAACCUGCCGUGCCAGAUGUACGCUGUAGUCCUUCUCACAGAAGGCAUUCAACCCUCAUUCACGUCACCCUCCCAGACGUGACUCAUUAUCUGUUAUGGAGUUUGUUGGCGGAUUCGGACGGAUGGGGAUGUGACGGUCACGCUCACGGUUACAGUCGCGGGCGGGUGUUUUAGUAAACAAAAGUGCUAAAGCCACGUGAGCUUGCUCCUGUGUGCAGAAGCAAUCUUCUUGUUCACAUUCACUGCUAGACGCUGCAUAUUCAAAGGGUAUCAUAACAGCUGAAACACUCCAACACUCCCAACCAAGGCAAGAGAAUCGCCCCACGGACCAACUUUUCCUGAUACAUAUCAGAA